AUGGGUGCGGCAGUGCGUGGGCAUGCAUGGGUGCGGCAGUGCGUGGGCAUGCAUGGGUGCGGCAGUGCGUGGGCAUGCAUGGGUGCGGCAGUGCGUGGGCAUGUAUGGGUGUGGCAGUGCGUAGGCAUGCAUGGGUGCGGCAGUGUGUGGGCAUGCAUGGGUGCGGCAGUGCGUGGGCAUGCAUGGGUGCGGCAGUGCGUGGGCAUGCAUGGGUGUGGCAGUGCGUGGGCAUGCAUGGGUGCGGCAGUGCGUGGGCAUGCAUGGGUGCGGCAGUGCGUGGGCAUGCAUGGGUGUGGCAGUGCGUGGGCAUGCAUGGGUGUGGCAGUGCGUGGGCAUGCAUGGGUGCGGCAGUGCGUGGGCAUGCAUGGGUGCGGCAGUGCGUGGGCAUGCAUGGGUGCGGCAGUGCGUGGGCAUGCAUGGGCGCGGCAGUGCGUGGGCAUGCAUGGUGCGUGGGCAUGCAUGGGUGUGGCAGUGCGUGGGCAUGCAUGGGUGCGGCAGUGCGUGGGCAUGCAUGGGUGCGGCAGUGCGUGGGCAUGCAUGGGUGUGGCAGUGCGUGGGCAUGCAUGGGUGUGGCAGUGCGUGGGCAUGCAUGGGUGCGGCAGUGCGUGGGCAUGCAUGGGUGCGGCAGUGCGUGGGCAUGCAUGGGUGCGGCAGUGCGUGGGCAUGCAUGGGUGUGGCAGUGCGUGGGCAUGCAUGGGUGCGGCAGUGCGUGGGCAUGCAUGGGUGCGGCAGUGCGUGGGCAUGCAUGGGUGCGGCAGUGCGUGGGCAUGCAUGGGUGUGGCAGUGCGUGGGCAUGCAUGGGUGCGGCAGUGCGUGGGCAUGCAUGGGUGUGGCAGUGCGUGGGCAUGCAUGGGUGCGGCAGUGCGUGGGCAUGCAUGGGUGCGGCAGUGCGUGGGCAUGCAUGGGUGUGGCAGUGCGUGGGCAUGCAUGGGUGUGGCAGUGCGUGGGCAUGCAUGGGUGCGGCAGUGCGUGGGCAUGCAUGGGUGCGGCAGUGCGUGGGCAUGCAUGGGUGCGGCAGUGCGUGGGCAUGCAUGGGUGCGGCAGUGCGUGGGCAUGCAUGGGUGCGGCAGUGCGUGGGCAUGCAUGGGUGCGGCAGUGCGUGGGCAUGCAUGGGUGCGGCAGUGCGUGGGCAUGCAUGGGUGUGGCAGUGCGUGGGCAUGCAUGGGUGCGGCAGUGCGUGGGCAUGCAUGGGUGUGGCAGUGCGUGGGCAUGCAUGGGUGCGGCAGUGCGUGGGCAUGCAUGGGUGCGGCAGUGCGUGGGCAUGCAUGGGUGUGGCAGUGCGUGGGCAUGCAUGGGUGUGGCAGUGCGUGGGCAUGCAUGGGUGCGGCAGUGCGUGGGCAUGCAUGGGUGCGGCAGUGCGUGGGCAUGCAUGGGUGCGGCAGUGCGUGGGCAUGCAUGGGUGCGGCAGUGCGUGGGCAUGCAUGGGUGCGGCAGUGCGUGGGCAUGCAUGGGUGCGGCAGUGCGUGGGCAUGCAUGGGUGCGGCAGUGCGUGGGCAUGCAUGGGUGGGCAGUGCGUGGGCAUGCAUGGGGUGCGGCAGUGCGUGGGCAUGCAUGGGUGCGGCAGUGCGUGGGCAUGCAUGGGUGCGGCAGUGCGUGGGCAUGCAUGGGUGUGGCAGUGCGUGGGCAUGCAUGGGUGCGGCAGUGCGUGGGCAUGCAUGGGUGCAGCAGUGCGUGGGCAUGCAUGGGUGCGGCAGUGCGUGGGCAUGCAUGGGUGCGGCAGUGCGUGGGCAUGCAUGGGUGCGGCAGUGCGUGGGCAUGCAUGGGUGUGGCAGUGCGUGGGCAUGCAUGGGUGUGGCAGUGCGUGGGCAUGCAUGGGUGCGGCAGUGCGUGGGCAUGCAUGGGUGCGGCAGUGCGUGGGCAUGCAUGGGUGUGGCAGUGCGUGGGCAUGCAUGGGUGUGGCAGUGCGUGGGCAUGCAUGGGUGUGGCAGUGCGUGGGCAUGCAUGGGUGCGGCAGUGCGUGGGCAUGCAUGGGUGCGGCAACCUGUGAGCACCUGGAAGCGGGCAUCAGCGCAGACAGCGGCUUCAAACCAGCAGGCCAGGGACACGUGGUGGCGGAUGUACGCCCUCAGCUGUGCCGCUCCGAACAUGCGCAGCACAAACCACAGCUUCAGCGCCCUGCCCUCCUCCCGCGGAGGGGUAGCAGAAAGGGCAUUGGAAGAGUGCGAGAGGGAGGUGGAGGAGGAGGAGGAGGAGGAGGAGGAGGAGGAGGAGGAGGAGGAGGAGGAGGAGGAGGAGGAGGAGGAGGAGGAGGAGGAGAGAGCGAGAGUGAGUGAGAGUGUGCAGAUGUGCGUGGAAACAUGGGUGAUGCGAAUGUCAUGCAUGAUGGUAGCCGCGCCACAAAGGAUUAUGGCCGCCCAGGGAGCAAUCACUUGGUACGUAGGAGCAUAG